AUGAACGCACAGGGCUGCAUGUCGGAUUCGACGCGACAGCAGAUCGUCCAGCGGAGCGACUGGAAACUGAGGCUGGAGAGAGAGAUCCAGCGUGUCGAUCGCGACGCCAGUCCGCUCUUUUGUUCGGCAGCGGCGCCCAAACGGGGCGUGUUGACAGGCAGGAAGACAGCGUUGAAGGCACACCGCCACUGUGAAUUUGCCUUGAAUCCUGUGGACUACCGGUAUACUGCGCGCGGACAGAUGGCGAGCGGGAACGGCGAUCACCAACGUACAGUAGCCGGAGCUGUCAAGCUAGCGAGCGUAAAGCUCACUUCUCCCUUGAGCACGUGCGACUUGCCCGUGCAACAAGCCGACGACGAGCUCAAUCGAACGAGGCAAAGCCCCCGCGAUCUUGUUCAAUUGCGGGCAGAUGAGCGCAGCGAUCCAAGAGAUGGAUGCGUAGUUACUUACCAGGUGGGUGCGCGCUUCCAGGGCCACACCUACAAGCAAUACGUCGAAGAGGAAGCGCAACAGGAAGAAUGGGUGCGGCAGCAACAACACUAG